AUGGGUAUUUCUCGGGAUUCCAUGCACAAGAGGCGCGCGACUGGAGGAAAGAAGAAGGCUUGGAGGAAGAAGAGAAAGUAUGAGCUUGGAAGACAAUCAGCAAACACGAAGUUGUCGAGCAACAAGACUGUCCGCAGGGUGAGGGUCCGUGGAGGUAAUGUGAAGUGGCGUGCAUUGAGGCUGGACACAGGGAACUUCUCUUGGGGCAGUGAGGCUGUAACCAGGAAGACUCGUAUUCUGGACGUCGUUUAUAAUGCGUCCAACAAUGAGCUGGUUAGGACCCAGACUUUGGUGAAGGGUGCUAUUAUUCAAGUUGAUGCUGCGCCUUUCAAGCAGUGGUACCUCCAGCAUUAUGGGGUAGACAUUGGUCGCAAGAAGAAGGCCGCUGCCAAGAAGGAAGGCGAGGAGAAUGAGGCUACUGCUGUCGAAGAGGCUAAGAAGAGCAAGCAUGUUCUGAGAAAACUUGAAAAGAGGCAACAGGACCGUAAAAUUGACACUCAUAUCGAGGAGCAAUUUGGUGGUGGGCGUUUGUUGGCGGCAAUCUCCUCCCGCCCAGGCCAGUGUGGGCGUGCUGAUGGUUAUAUUCUGGAGGGCAAGGAGUUGGAAUUUUACAUGAAGAAAAUCCAGAAGAAGAAAGGGAAGAGUGCCGGGGCCUCUUAA